UGGCUCUGCUCCUGUGCACUCAUGUCCUUGUCAGUGAAUGGGGGCUGGCUGAGACUGGUCCAGUGAUUCCGUAGCAGUUUUUGCUGUGUUUAUCAGAAUCUGUAACUCUAGCUUAGUUUAACUUUGCUGUAUAAUGGCGGCCAAGAUUUUGCCUUUUGUCAAGCUUGCUACGAAGUUGACCAUUGCAGGAGGAGCGAUCUAUGUUGCUUACGACUCUGGCCUGCUGGGCGGCAGUGAGGAGGGUUCAGUGGUGCUUGGGAAAGCUAAAGCUGCCAUCCCUCCCGCAGUGGACGAAUGGAUGAAGUACUUUGGACUGGAGUUGCCUACCCCACCUAAAAUAGAACUCUCUCCACUUGAAGCCUGGAACUCUGGAGUGCAGAAGUCUAUUCAUGGGCUGUCUGUCGCCCCAACCAGAGUGGGCGAAUACACCGGCCAAGGCUUACAGUACCUAAAAAACCUCACCAAGUGAAGACUCUCACCAACACUCAGUUAUCCAAUCAGGUUGCUGUUGCACACGAGCUUUACAUUGAGUUACAUGACAAAAGCUUCAAAUUGAGUUAUAUGACACAAUCUUCAAAUUGAGUUAGAUGACUGCUUAUAAAGCGCCCCCCCCUUUCACUCAAGAUGGGGUGCAAGUGGCUUAUUUAUAAUUGAAUUCAUUGGAUACUUCUGUACUGGGAUUACAUAAAUGCAAACUUCUCUACAAUACAUUUAUAGUAUUUUUGUUCACAAUCUGCCUUGGGGAAGACUGAAAAAAGACAAAAAUCUUAAAGAGCACUAAGUUUAUGAAGCUGUUGUUUAUUUAAAUCCAUGUGUUUGUCGUGUGUACUGUCUUCACAGUUUUAUUUAUCAGGGAAUGUUCAGUGGUGCAGUAUAUGUUGCUGUAUUCUCACUCGGACUUGGUUAUAACUCCCAACCAAAACACACCUUUUUUUACAGCAACAAAUCAAUUCUAUUUUGUAAAUAACCAGUUAGCUAUUUACCAGUUAGUUAUUUUCAUGAUUAAUAAACUUUAUCAUGUCAGAUA